UUGUUUCCUCAAUCUCCACACAUCUCCCAGCUAAAAAGAUAACCCAAUGACACCCCUCGUGGCAAAAAUCCAUCCUUUUGCUGCUACAAACUCACUCAAAACCCAUAACAAACAAUCACCAAACACCCAUCAAUGGCUACCAUUACCAUGCUUUCUUCAACCAAUCUCAAGCUCAAUUCCACCUUCAUCUCAUUCUCCCCUACAAAACCCACUUCACCCACACACCUCCCCCUUCAUUCACCUCAUUUCAAACGACACCCACAAAAAUUAAACGUGUCUUUCAACCAAAUCUCCGACGAUUUGCUGGAAAACACACUCCAUUUGGACCAAUUUCCGGUUUUCAAAACCGGGUAUGAUCAGUUCCAACAGGUUACUAGCGAUUUUCCUGAGGUUGAGAAGUGGGGUGUGUUUGUUUUUGCUGGGUUGGUUUGGGUGUACUUGACUGCUAGACCUGGGGUUUUGAUUGGUGCCAUUGAUGCUUAUGUUUUGGGUCCUGCACAGAAGGUGUUCGACGGUUUGUCUGGGAGAAGAAAUUUGAAAAGUUCGGAUUUUUUGAUUGGGGAUAAGUUGGGUGAAGGGUCUUUUGGUGUGGUUUAUUCGGGUGUGGUGGUUCCGAAGAAUAUGACGGUUGAGGAGCGGGUUAGGAAUACUGGGAGUAGGAGAAAGCAGCUGGAGAAAGAUCCGAGGUUUAAGGAGAAAGUGAUCCUUAAACAGGUAAAAGUUGGAGUUCAAGGUGCUAUAGAAUGUGGUGAUUUUGAAGAAUGGUUCAACUACAGGUUGUCGCGUGCAGCUCCGGAUACAUGUGCCGAGUUUCUUGGGAGCUUUAUCUCUGAUAAAACUAAUUCUAUUUUCACAAAGGGUGAGAAAUGGCUCGUAUGGAAGUUCGAGGGAGACCGAGACCUCGGUGAUUACAUGAAAGACAGACUUUUCCCCUUAAACUUGGAAUCACUCAUGUUUGGACGCGUAUUACAAGGACUUGAAUCUAUAGAACGAAACGCGUUGAUAAUCAAGCAAAUAAUGAGACAAAUCAUUUCAUCACUCAAGAAAAUACAUGACACUGGUAUCGUGCACCGGGAUGUAAAGCCCGCCAAUUUAGUUGUAACGAAAAAGGGGCGGAUCAAGCUUAUUGAUUUCGGUGCAGCCACUGACUUAAGGAUUGGAAAAAACUUUGUCCCAAACAAGGGUCUUCUUGAUCCCGAUUAUUGCCCACCGGAACUUUAUGUUCUUCCCGAAGAAACACCGUCCCCGCCACCAGAACCUGUCGCAGCUCUUCUUUCUCCAAUUCUCUGGCAGCUGAACAGUCCUGAUCUGUUCGACAUGUAUUCUGCUGGGAUCGUUCUCAUGCAAAUGGCUAUACCAUCAUUAAGGUCUUCCGCAGGCUUAAAAAACUUCAACCUAGAACUAAAAGCCGUAAACUACGACCUAAAAAAAUGGCGGGAAAAAACUCGAACCAGACCCGACACAAGUGUUCUUGAUUUGGAUUCAGGUAGAGGGUGGGACUUAGCCACAAAACUAAUUUCAGAACGAGGCUCAUUGCGUAGAGGUCGUUUAUCAGCUUCUGAUGCUUUAAGGCACCCGUAUUUCUUGUUGGGUGGUGACCAAGCGGCUUCGGUUCUUUCAAAACUGAGCUUGUCCAAGUAGAAAGUCAAAGUUGCAAGGUAUUUGACAUUUUGACUUAACAAGGUCAAAGAUUAUUUCCUCAGGUUUCAGUUCAAUUAAGUGAAAUUGUUCUAUGGUUCUGUUACCCUUUCAAAAUACAAAAAAAAAAAAAAAAAAAGCGCGAAAAAUAGCAAGUUUACUCGUUACAUCUGAAUUUUGUAAGAUGGGUAAGUUACUUGUAAAUUUGUAAUAGCAUGUUUCAUUGAAUAAAUGUAGAUAAGGUAAUGCGUUUA